ACAACUUUGUCAAACGUCAAAUUAAUAUUUUCAUUGAAAUCUCUUGUCAAAUCGCACACGCAUUGAAAAUAUUGAAAAAAUAUUUCCUGUAUUAUUUCACCAAAAAGUUUUUCGUUUGCCUUAAUUAGACACAUUACUUAUUUUCAUCCGCCGAAUACUGUAUAUAUAGUGAUACUAUCUAAAAUACUUUCUAAAAUGUCUGACAACAAGGAAAUUAUCCCUGAUGCCAAAGUCUCUUCCAACGAUGAGCAAAAUGCCAAAGAAAUCGUAGAGGUUGGUACUGUCAUUGAAGAUAAGGUUCAAUCUAUCACAAGUGAGGAAUCUGAAGACGAGGCAAGUGUUGAAAAAAUCGAUUAUGCAGAUUUUGCAUCAGACACUGAGGAAAGUACUAUUGAUUCUAAUGAAAGCAUUAUCGCCAAUUAUGGAUCAGCUGAUGAAAAUGCGGACGGUGGGGAUUUUUUCAGCGCUGACGGACAUUUGUCCUCACCUAAAGGUAUUGAAAAGGCUUCGGCUAAUGAUGGUGCUAGCUGCGACGAUACGCUUUUAUUGGAGGAUCAAACCAAGUUGGGUAUUGAUUAUGAAAAUGCCGACGGAACUGCCAAUAGUAUUACCAUAGUAUUUGACAAAAUUUGUGUUGAACCGGUAGUUGCAGAUUCUGUCGAAAAUCCAAUUGGGUCCACAAGUUUUAAGGCUGAGCAAAAUGAGGCAGAACCAAAUAGCAUUGGAAAAAACGUUACUAAAUGUGAUUAAACGCUAAAAUGUGAGCUGAUGUGAAUUUAGCUUAAUAAAUAAAAUAAAUCAACAAUGAGAACAAAAUAAUGCUUGUGUAUAUUUUAUCCUUAUUAAAUUGAUGUCAUUCUAGACACCGAAACCAAUAAAAAAUUAAUUGGAUAGUGGUCAAUCUAAAGUAUUUUCGA